AUGGGCGAGCGGGUCCAACCCCACGAGCGGAUUCAGGUCGAACAGAGCCUCAAGUACUCGGCUGCAGAAUCCGAAAAGCUCUGGAAGCUUUCCGGUAUGACAGAAAUUGCCCAAUGGAGGCACCGCAAGGAAUACGCCCUUCAUAUGCUCGCCAAACCGAAAAUGGCAUUCAGCCUUAUUCCUUCCGUCUACGCCCGCACCGCACUCCCGUCCCUCGAGGACUGGGAGGGCCUGUGGGCUGCUUGGGACGUUGUCACCCGUGACAUGCUGCCUCCCGAAGAGUUCCUCGGGAAGCCUAUCAAGCUCCGCAACGCAUGCAUCUUUUAUCUGGGCCACAUCCCCACCUUUCUCGACAUCCAGCUCAGCAAGACCACCAACACGCCGCCCACCGAUCCGGCCCAGUACUACACCAUCUUUGAGCGCGGCAUCGACCCGGACGUCGACAACCCGGAGCUGUGCCACGCCCACUCCGAGGUCCCGGACGAGUGGCCGCCCGUCGACGAGAUCCGCGCUUACCAGGGCCGGGUACGCGCCCGCCUGCAGGGACUCUACGCCGACGGCAUCGCCGCUAUCCCCCGCCAUGUCGGCCGCGCCAUCUGGGUCGGUUUUGAGCAUGAGGCCAUGCACCUCGAGACCCUGCUGUACAUGAUGCUCCAGAGCGAUAGGACCCGCCCGCCCCCGUCUGUUCCCGUGCCGGACUUUGAGAAGCUCGCGGUCAAGGCCCGUGCGGAAAGGGUUCCCAACGAGUGGUUUGAUGUUCCCGAGCAACAAAUCGUCAUUGGGUUGGAUGAUCCGGAGGAUGGGACUGACGUUGAUGUUAACUAUGGCUGGGACAAUGAGAAGCCCGUGAGACAGGCCAAGGUCAAUGCCUUCCAGGCUCAGGGCAGGCCUAUCAGCAACGAGGAGUAUGCGCAAUACAUGUACAGCUCUCACAUCGCCAAGGUCCCGGCCUCAUGGGCUCAAGACCCCAACGCGUCGGCGGAGGAGAAGGCAGCUAACGGCACCGAGACUAACGGCCAUACUAACGGCGGCACUAACGGCGCAGCUGGUGGUGCUAACGUCGCCCUCCCCGAGUCUUUCCUCAACGGCAAGGCCGUCCGCACCGUCUACGGGCUGGUGCCCCUGAAGCACGCCCUCGACUGGCCCGUGUUUGCCGUCUACACCUACGCCGAAGCCCUCAAGAAGAAGCAGGCCGAGAACCAGCUUGGAAAGACGGUUCCGGCCGUGAACAGCCAUCUCUGUAACAACGGCAUCGAGAUCUCGCCCCCGGCCACCCCGCCUGGCGUCAGCAGCGCUGCUGAAGCCGAGGCCAGCGUCCAAGAAUCGCCCUUUGUCGAGUUGGAUGGCACGAAUAUCGGCUUCCGCCACUGGCACCCCACCCCCGUCACCUCCCGCGGUAACCAGCUGGCGGGCCAGGCCGGCAUGGGCGGCGUGUGGGAGUGGACCAGCAGCGCGUUGCGGCCGUGGGAGGGAUUCGAGCCCAUGCCGCUUUACCCCGGGUACACGGCCGACUUUUUUGACGAGAAGCACAAUAUUGUGUUGGGCGGGUCGUGGGCGACGCAUCCGAGGAUUGCGGGGAGGCGGAGCUUUGUCAACUGGUACCAGCGCAACUACCCCUACGCCUGGGUUGGUGCAAGGCUCGUGCGGGAUGUUGAGUGA